AGAGUCUGGCUCCUCCUCUGCUGCCGGGGCGGAGGUCUGUCGGUCUGACUCUGAAAAUCUGUUCUGACAGGAAAAGUUUGUUCAGAAGAAGCUCCGGAGUCUUUUGAACGUUUCUCUGUCUGGAUCGUCUUCUUCUUCGCCUCCAUCAUGUCCGGCGUGGCCUCCACUCUGGCCAAGAAGCGGGCCCUGGCUGCGGGCUUCGGCACCAACGCCAAGGCGGUUCCGUACCUGAACCAGGACUUCGCGGCUCUGCGGGCGCAGUACAGAUCCGCCGGAAAACUCUUCUGCGACCCGACCUUCCCCGCCUCACCCGAGGCUCUGGGCUUCAAAGAGCUGGGCCCGAGCUCGCCCAAGGUCCGGGGAGUCACCUGGAAGAGGCCCACGGAACUGGUCUCUAAUCCUGAGUUCAUCGUGGGCGGAGCCACCAGGACCGACAUCUGCCAGGGAGCUCUGGGUGACUGCUGGCUGUUGGCGGCCAUCGCCUCACUGACGCUGAAUGAAUAUGUGAUGGCCAGAGUCGUUCCCACUGACCAGGGCUUCGGUGGCGACUACGCCGGCAUCUUUCACUUCCAGUUCUGGCAGUUCGGGGAGUGGGUGGACGUGGUGAUCGACGACCGUCUGCCGGUCAAAGACGGAGAGCUGCUGUUUGUUCACUCGGCAGAGGGGAGGGAGUUCUGGAGUGCUCUGCUGGAGAAGGCCUACGCCAAAGUGAACGGCUGCUAUGAAGCGUUGUCUGGCGGUUCCACCACAGAGGGCUUUGAGGAUUUCACCGGAGGCAUCGCUGAGAACUAUGACCUCCAACAACCCCCCGCCAACCUGUUCCAGAUCAUCAAGAAGGCCCUGGAGGCUGGAGCUCUGUUGGGCUGCUCCAUCGAUAUCACUAGUGCUGCAGACUCGGAGGCCGUCACCCGUCAGAAGCUUGUGAAAGGCCAUGCCUACUCGCUGACCGGUGCUGUGGAGGUGAACUACCGGGGUCGGCAGGAGAAGCUGGUGAGGAUGAGGAACCCCUGGGGUCAGGUGGAGUGGACCGGAGCAUGGAGCGACGGAUCGUCUGAGUGGAACUAUGUGCAGGGAGACUGUCCACAUGCCAACGCAGAGGACGGAGAGUUCUGGAUGUCCUUCAACGAGUUCUUGCGUCACUACUCUCGUAUCGAGGUGUGCACUCUGACCCCCGACACCAUCGAAGAUGACUCUGUCAAACACUGGAGCGUCAGCAAGUUCGACGGGACCUGGAGGAGAGGAUCCACUGCUGGAGGCUGCAGGAACCACCCCUACACAUUCUGGAUGAAUCCUCAGUUUGUGAUCAAACUGGAGGAGGAAGAUGAUGACCCAGAUGAUGGAGAAAUGGGCUGCAGCUUUGUGGUUGGUCUGAUCCAGAAGAACCGCAGGAAGCUCCGGAAACAAGGAGAGGACAUGCACACCGUUGGGUUUGCCAUCUACGAGGUUCCGAAACAGUUCCAAGGGCAGAGGGAGGUGCAUCUGGAUAAGAACUUCUUCCUGACCCACGCUCAGACGGCGAGGUCAGAAACCUUCAUCAACCUGCGUGAGGUCUGCUCUCGCUUCAAACUGCCGCCUGGAGAGUACCUGAUCGUCCCGUCCACCUUCGAACCGCACCUCAACGGAGACUUCUGCAUCCGAGUCUUCUCCGAGAAGCAAACAGAGACCCAACCCUGUGACGACCCGGUCAACGCUGAGCUAGAGGAUGAGUCGGUGUCUGAUGAGGAGGUGGAUGCAGGAUUCAGAGGCCUCUUCUCUAAACUCGCAGGAGACGACCAGGAGAUCUCUGCGGCGGAGCUCAGGACCAUCAUGAACAAGAUCGUCUCCAAACGAACUGACAUCAAAACUGACGGCUUCAGUUUGGAGACCUGCAGGAUCAUGGUCAACCUGAUGGACAAGGACAGCGGGAACGGGAAGCUCGGCCUCGGAGAGUUCGCCACGCUGUGGAAGAAGGUGCAGAGAUAUCUGUCGAUCUAUAAGAAGAACGACACCGAUAACUCGGGGAUGAUGAGCACUCCAGAGAUGAGAGUCGCCUUGAAAGACGCAGGUUUCACUCUCAACAACACCAUCUACCAGCUGCUGGUGGCGCGAUACGCCGAACCCGACAUGACCAUCGACUUCGACAACUUCGUGGGCUGUCUGAUGAGGCUGGAGAUGAUGUUCAAGAUCUUUAAGAAGCUCGACGCUGACAACAGCGGCUCCAUCGAGCUCAACUUCAACCAGUGGUUGAACUUCGCCAUGAUCUGAGCCGUCGCUCCGUGGUCGCCCGGAGCUUCAGUGUUACUGCAGGACGCCAUGUUCCCGUUCACCGCUUCUCUCUGUCACUCCUUAAGUUUUCUAUGUGAGGCUUCUGUUUUACUCUCUACACUACCUGACUGACAGACUCGAUGCAAAGGCAAUAAACGAAUCCACAAACCCUUUAA